AUGUAUGUGACUAAUAUGCUCAGAAGAAAACACAAAUAUGGGUUCGAAAAGGAAAAACCAAAAACUUCUGACAUCAGAAAUCACAGAGCCCUCUCUCUCAAAGCCGAAGAAAAAGCCAAAGAUGGAUUUGCAAGAAGCGAUGAAGAAGCAAAACGACGUUGCUCUGUUACUUGCCGGGAAAGUAAUCCCUGUCGUAGCUAAAAACUCUAACUUCGUCUUCUCUCCGGCAUCAAUCAACGUCGUACUCACCAUGGCCGCUGCUACCUCCGAAGAUGAAAGAGUAAGAUCCUUAAUCCUCUCCUUUCUUAGGUCUUCUUCCACCGAAGAGCUCAACGCCAUCUUCCGCCAAAUCGCUUCCGUUGUCCUUGUCGACGGAAGCAAAAGAGGUGGCCCCAAAAUCGCGGCGGCUAAUGGAGUAUGGAUGGAGCAAUCGCUACCUGAUGAUCCCUCAAUGAAAGAUCUCUUUGAGAAUUUCUUCAAGGCUUCUUUCGCUCAAGUUGAUUUUGAAUCCAAGGCCGAGGAAGUGCGUAAGGAGGUGAAUGCGUGGGCUUUACGUCACACCAAUGGUCUCAUCAAAGAUCUUCUUCCUCAAGGAUCCGUUACAGACCUAACCACGAAGAUUUAUGGAAACGCGUUGUACUUCAAAGGAGCUUGGAAAAACAAAUUCGAUAAGUCAAUGACGGAACACAAACCAUUUUACCUUCUCAGAGGAAACUCAGUGUCUGUGCCAUUCAUGAGAAGCUAUAAGGAUCAAUACAUUAAGGCUUAUGAUGGUUUCAUGGUCCUCAGGCUUCCUUAUCGACAAGGCAGCGAUGAUACCAACCGCAACUUCUCAAUGUAUCUCUAUCUGCCGGACAAGAAAAGUGAAUUUGAUAAUCUUUUGGAGAGAAUGACUUCUACUCCUAGAUUCUUGGAUAGUCAUAUUCCGAGAGAAAAAGUUGAAGUUGGUGAAUUUAGAAUCCCAAAGUUUAAGAUUGAAUUCGGGUUUGAAGCUUCAAGGUUUUUCAAUGACUUGGAGCUUAAUGUGUCACUAUACCAAAAAGCUUUGAUUGAGAUCGAUGAAGAAGGUACUGAAGCUGCGGCGGCUACUGCUCUAGUUUUCAGUGGUUGCAAAGCCCCUGUAGUGAAGAGGGUAGAUUUUGUGGCAGAUCAUCCAUUUAUUUUUUUGAUUAGAGAAGACAAAACCGGAACUGUUUUGUUUGCUGGUCAAAUCUUCAAUCCUUCCAAAUCUUCUUCGGCUUAGGACCGGUUUUAACCGGAUUAGAGUUUGCUAUUUAAGAUCCGGUUAUUUCUCUCUAGCCUUUAGAUUUUGUUUUUACUGAUGUGAUGUCUUCGUUCUAAAUUAAGUUAUGAUUUGCUA